AAUAAACUGCAAAAAGAUGUUUCUAGCAAAACUUUGAUUAUUCAAGCUUAGACAUUUCCUUUUCCUUUAGAAAAAUCCAAGUUCAGUUUUUCUAGAAAACUUCAUCUAAAUGUUUUUUGCUGGACAUUCAUCCUUUCAUCUGACGUGAUAAACUGUUCAGACAUGAACAGGCUUAAAGUUGAUCAAAAAGCCUUAAAGUUCCUUCACAGAAUGAACAUAAUCUCUCACAGAAAUGACAUUUUUAUUCCAAAUCAUUCACAUUUUAAGAACCAGCUCGUCCUCGGGUCAGACCUGGCCGGCAGCUGCAGCAGCAGCAGCAGCAGCAGCAGCUCCAGCUGCAGCAGCAGCAGUUGACUUUUUGUCCUCUUGGUGAAGAGCUGCAGUAAAAAGGUGAAAGGUGUUUCCCUCCUGCUGAACAUUUGACAAUCAAAUAAGAUGUAAAUAUGUUGGCCUGGAAGCCAUGCUUGUGUUGCUGCUCUAGUUGCCCGCAGUGUUGAUUCAACCCUCAGCAAACUGCGCUCCUCUCCGUGCGGGUGCAGCUGUUUGUCUUAAGGUGGGGCGUUUCUCUGGUGCGCGGUCCCGACCUGCUCCGCUAUAGAGGAUGAAGGAUCCCGGCCAGAGCAAAGCCUCAGCCCGCUCCGAGGCGCCCAGCAUGGCUCUCCUCCAGCGCUUCGGGACCUGCCUGCCCUUCCUCCUGCUCGCCGUCACCUUUGACAUCCUGGGCCUGGUUCUGCUGUUCGUCGGGAUCUUCGGCGACCUGCGCAUCGACGGCCUCUUCUACGGAGACUUCCUGAUCUACUCGGGCUCCCUCGUCAUCUUCACCAGCCUGGCCUGCUGGCUCAUGUGGUACGUGGGCAACAUCCAGGUGUCGGAGUACGACGGGCAGAAGAGGAACAGCAUCGCGCUGCUGGCCAGGAAGAUCUCGGAGAGGCUGAGCCAGAAGAUGACGGGGGAGGACUGCGUGAAGUGCGUGGUGGAGGACGAGGACGAGGACCGCAGCCCUGCGGGGGGUCUUCCGCUGAAACCGGGCAAGGUGACGUGGGGCAAAUCCACGGCGUACCUGAACGAGGGCUACGACGGCUCCACGGACGGCGCUGACGGGGAGCAGCAGUCCGUGGACUGAUCGGCUCGGUUCGCAUCCAGCCGGAUCCAAAUGUUGAAUUCUGGAAAAACUUUCAGGUUUAGAGGUUAAACUUGAAGGUCCAGCUUUCACUAAUGUCUCAUAUUUCAAAAACAACCUGCAAUUAUUAUUUCAAGUGUGUAAUAAUGUUUUAACUAGACCCUUUGCACUGCUCAACUGAUUCUGAUUAUUUAUUAGAAAAUAAUCGAUAUGUCAUCCGCUGAAACUGACCGUUUCUCUGAUCCAGUAGAGAAUUUUAUCAUUCAUAUCAUAGCAGAUUAAUUAAUGGAGCUGUGAAAUCCUUGCUGGUAAAGAUUAGGGUGAUGGUACAGAGUCUGUCCAGAGCUCCUCUGAAAACCAGUGAAGAAAUGAAACUAAAAAAUGUUCUGAUUUCUGCAAACUGAUUAUAGAGAAGGAAAUCUGUCAUUUUUAUUUAAAUGUAUAUAAGAGCAGAUUAUAUUCUAAAUUAAUAUCCAUUUUAUUUAGUUUUAUUAUAUUUUAGAUCAGACAUUUCUUGGUUGACAAACAUUUGAUGUAACUCUGUCAGGGGUAUGAAUAUUUAUGGAUUGUUCUUUUCAAGCAGGAUGUGAUAUUUCACUUUAUUUGAGGAGAAAUUAUUGCUCUGUUCAUAUCUUUGUGUGUUACUUUCUGAUAACUGAUUGUUGAAAGUACACACCGACUCAAACUCAUAAAACUCCCCGUCAGUCUGACUUCAGUUUAUAAAGAUUCUCAUAAGCUCUGAGGAAAAUCUCCCUGACAGGAUGUAAAGUCUCACCUGGUUCCGUUUCACGUGUUUCUGCGCAGCGGCAGGAAAAGGCCCAGUCACGCUUCCUGUUGGCUGCUGGUCAGACUGGUUUGACUUCUUGGUGAGGUUUUGUUUGUUGUGGAUUAAAAUCCUCAGAGCUUUCUGACUCUGAAACAAAAGCUGAGACAAACGAUCCCACCUGAAGGAAAUCAGAUUCCAGCUUCCUCCAAUCAGAACCGAGACGUUGUUGUAACCCUCCGUGUCUCUGACGCAUCACUUCCUGUUAGCCGGUCAGGAGGGGGGAGGCGGCGGUCAGACAGGUUUCUGCUUCAGAUGCAUGCAGGGAGAAUCCGGGCCGUCAGCUGGAGGUACGGCCCGUCCAUCCGGUACCGGUCCUGCCACUGACACUCAGGUAUGACAGAAAUGUAAGGCGUGCUUCCAGUGAAUAACAAUGAUGCUUCAGACCAGAGCAGAGUUUUCUGGAGCGACCGGCUCCGGGUCCCGUCACUCCGCCAGCAGACACCCAGCCGUCCACCGGCGCCGCCGGCCCAAACAUGGAGCAGGGAAAGUGCACCGCCUUCUUCAUCGGCCUGGCCGUCUUCCUGGACGUGGUCGGCCUCCUGCUGCUCCUCAUCGGCAUCUUCGCUCCGCUGCCCUACUGGGACUUCUUCGUCCUGUCCGGGCCGCUGCUCAUCUUCCUCAGCCUGGUUCUGUGGAUAUUCUGGUACCUGGGGAACCUCACCGUCUCUGAGGAGGAGCUCAACCUCCGAAAGGCGGACAUCCUGUGACCUCCCGGCCUGGAUGAGACCAGAUCGGGUCGGAUUGGAUCGGAUCGGAUCGGAUCAGAUCGGGUCGGAUCAGAUCGGGUCAGACAGGAUCAGAUUGGGUCGGAUCGGGUCGGAUCGGAUCAGGUCAGACAGGAUCAGAUCGGGUCGGGUCAGAUUGGAUCAGAUCGGGUCGGAUCGGGUCUGAGGUAUCAACAUGAGGGCAGAAUGGACGGAUCCAGAAGAACCAGGACCGGUCUCUCUGGAGCCUGACUGAAGAGAUUCAACCUGAACUCUUGUUUCUGGACCAGGAACCAGAACCAGGGCUGUCCAACCGGACCUCUGUGAAAACGACUUCUGCUGCACUUUUAUCAGCUGGACGCUUUAAAGAACUGGGCCUGGUUGUGGUUCUGAUCCACAUGUUGUCAGUUUGCACAUUUAUGUAUGAAGGACGAUAUUCUGAAAUGAGCGACUAAAAGUGUUUUUAAAUGA